AUGCGGUCUGCCCGGAAAUGGUGUAUCGUUGAUGCAGGCAGCAAUGCUGUAAUCACAGCGAGGGAGUUUGGGAAGAUGGUCCUCAUUAUUCCGCGUGUUGUCCCUGACUUUUCAUCGCCGCUUGGCGGAGAGCUUGUCAUUUCCUUUCCUGAUGGAUAUGGAUGCGAAACCUUCUCUGUACCGCUCAACCCAACAUCUGAUGUUCUGAAGAACUGGAAAAUUAUCGAAAACUCGCUCUGGGGAACCAUCAUUGACGGAUACAUCUGCCAAUCUCUCCCUCCUUCCACACUAUCGCCGUCUACCAUCUUGUCAACAUAUUUCGGGCGCCCAGUGCACCUGGUCAUGAAAGGUCCUCAGCCCCGCGAAUGCGCACCAACACUUGGGGUUCCCGGUUUACAAGCGACGACGCUGUUCCAGGACGGUUUCCCGCUCCUCAUCGCGAGCGAGGAAAGCCUGCAGCGAUUGCAGGAGCGCAUUCACACCGCGGCUGUCAAGAGUCCAGAGGAGGUGCACAUCGGUGGACUCGAUCAUGCGCGCUGGCGCGAUGGCGAGCUGCCUAUGGAGCGAUUCCGCCCGAAUAUCGUGCUCAAGGGUGCUGGUGUCCCCUUCGCAGAGGACAUGUGGCGGGAAAUCGUCGUGAGCCCGGACCGCGCACUUGACCCGGCGUCCGCUCCUCCUCAACAAACAAUCACCCUCGUGUCGAAGUGUACGCGCUGUCUGCUACCGAAUGUGGACAUCGCAACAGGCGUGCGCGACGCCGCAGUGCCGUUCAAGGUGCUGAUGAAGUUCCGGACUGGGAAGGACCCGGCGCGCAUGAACCAGAGUUGCUUCGGUUGCAACGCUGUGUAUGGCGGGGAGGGCGUGUUGCACGUAGGUGACUGGGUGCGUGUAAAGACGUGGGCUGGCGGGGGAGGUGUGUAG